AUGUAUCAAGUGGCAUUUACCGCUUCUGAGACCUUGCAAUGGAAGCUGGCACGAGUGAACCUGCAACCACAAACUGAAAAAGCAGUGAACUUAUUAAAUACUGCAACAAUUCCAGGAGACUGGGGCUGGCUCACAUAUCCUCCACAUGGGUGGCUUGGGGACUCAAUCAAUGAAAUGGAUGAAUUUUUUAGUCCUAUCCACCACAUAUCAAAGUCUGUAAUGUGAUGACCACCAAACCAGAAUAACUGGCUAAGGACAAACUGGAUUCAAAGAGAUGGUGCCCGAAGAGUGUAUGUAGAGAUAAAGUUUCCGUUACGAGAUUGCAACAGUAUGCCGGGUGUACUGGGCACCUGCAAAGAGACAUUCAACCUUUACUACCUGGAAAGUGAUCGGGACCUUGGUACCAUGUGCUCGGAAAGCCAGUAUUUAAAAAUUGAUACAAUUGCUGCAGAUGAAAGUUUCACGAGUGUGGAUCUUGGUGUGCGAAGGCAACUAAAUACUGAGAUUCGUGGUGUUGGACCACUUAAGCAAGACGAGGCUUCUACUUUGGCCUUCCAGGACAUUGGAGCUUGCAUUGCAAUAGUAUCUGUUCGUGUGUACUAUAAGAAGUGUCCUCAAUGUGAGAAUUUGGCAGCUUUUUCUGAGGCUGUUACAGGAGCAGAUUCUUCCUCUUUGGUGGAGGUCCGGGGAGAAUGUGUGGGACACUCAGAAGAAAGGGAUACUCCAAAAAUGUACUGCAGUGCAGAGGGGGAAUGGCUAGUACCUAUUGGGAAAUGUGUCUGCAGUGCUCGGCUUUGAUGAACGGGUGACUCAUGUGUAGCCUGUGAGAGGGGAUAUUACAAGUCAUCUCCUGGGGACCAGCUGUGCUCCAAGUGCCCCCCUUUCAGCCACUCUGAUACCUUAGCCUCCCAGGUGUGCCCCUGCGAUACAAACUACUACCGGGCAUCAACAGACCACCCCUCAUCACCUUGCUCACGCCCUCCAUCUUCUCCGAUGAACCUGAUCUCUAGUGUGAAUGGCACCUCUGUAACCUUGGAGUGGAACCCACCUCUGGAUACAGGUGGGCGCAGGGAUGUCGUGUACAAUAUCAUUUGCCGCCGCUGUGCAUGGGAUGCGGGUCAAUGUGAGCCAUGUGGGGGUGGGGUCCGUUACACCCCCCAACAGAUGAGCCUAGCAAAGACCUCUCUCACUGUGGGAAAUCUACAGGCCCACAUGAACUACACCUUCUGGGUGGAGGCGGUCAACGGGGUGUCUGACUUUAGCUUGGAGCCACGGAUGUUUUCCACAGUGAAUAUAACUACAAACCAGGCAGCCCCCUCACAGGUCAUACUAAUCCGCAAGGAGAAAACCAGCCAAAACACUGUCACCCUUCUGUGGCAGGAACCCGAGCAGCCAAAUGGCAUCAUUCUAGAGUAUGAGAUAAAGUACUUUGAGAAGGAUAAGGAGAUGCAAAGUUAUUCCACCCUCAAAGCCAAGGAAACCAGGGCUGUUAUAUCUGGUCUCAAGCCCUCGACGCGUUACAUGUUCCAGGUUAGAGCUCGCACCUCAGCUGGCUCUGGGAGGUUUAGCCAGACGUUUGAGGUGGAAACUGGCAAAGCAAUGGUUCUGCGAUACGACACAAUGACGAUUGUGUGGAUCUGUCUGGCCCUGAUCACUGGCCUCGUCACCCUUCUCACUGUCCUCAUAUGCAAGAAAAGACACUGUGGAUACAGCAAAGCGUUCCAGGACUCCGAUGAAGAGAAAAUGCAUUAUCAGAAUGGACAGAUUACCUUUGCCGAGUCUAAGUUCUAUGUUGAUCCACACACGUAUGAGGACCCGUGUCAGGCAGUACAUGAAUUUGCUCGAGAGAUUGAGGCUUCCAGAAUCAAGAUCGAAAAGAUCAUUGGCUCAGGAGAGUUUGGAGAAGUUUGCUACGGACGUCUGAAGCUGCCUGGGAAGCGCGAGAUUCCAGUCGCUAUUAAAACUUUAAAAGCUGGUUACAGUGAGAAGCAGAGGCGAGAUUUCUUGAGUGAAGCCAGUAUCAUGGCCCAGUUUGACCACCCAAAUGUCAUUCACUUGGAGGGUGUCGUCACAAGAGGCAAGCUAACAAUGAUUGUAGCAGAAUACAUGGAGAACGGUUCUUUGGACUCGUUUCUCAGGAGCCGUGAUGGGCAGUUUACUAUUAUCCAGCUGGUGGGCAUAUUACGGGGUAUAGGAUCAGGAAUGAAGUACCUCUCGGACUUGGGCUACGUCCACCGUGACCUGGCAGCCCGUAACAUUCUAGUCAAUUGUAAUCUGGUGUGCAAAGUCUCUGAUUUUGGCCUAUCACGGAUACUGGAGGAUGAUCCUGAUGCGGCCUACACAACAACGGGUGGCAAAAUUCCCAUCCGUUGGACAGCACCUGAAGCCAUCACAUACCGCAAAUUCUCUUCAGCAAGUGAUGUGUGGAGCUAUGGCAUUGUUAUGUGGGAGGUUCUUGCCUACGGAGAGAGGCCAUAUUGGAAUAUGAGCAAUAGAGAUGUGAUUAAUUCAGUAGAAGAAGGAUAUCGUCUUCCUUCCCCGAUGGGAUGUCCCACUGCACUGCACCAACUCAUGUUGGAUUGUUGGCAAAGAGACCGAAAUGAGCGUCCUCGAUUCUCGCUCAUUGUCAGCAUUUUGGAUAAACUCAUCAGGAAUCCAGAGAAUCUCAAAGCCAGUGCAACAGUGAAUCGCUUCACCGCACCCCCCGUUUGGACAGAGGGAAUUUUUGAUUUUGCCAGUUGUGCUACAGUUGACGACUGGCUGGACUCCAUUAAGAUGGGGUCUUACAAGGAAAACUUUGUUAUGGGUGGAUAUUCUUCUUUAGGAAUGGUGAUGCGAAUGAACAUAGAGUAAGUACAAAACCGACUUGGAAUCUCAUUGAUAGGACACCAGAAGAAGAUUCUAACCAGCAUCCAAAUUAGUGAGGCACAGUUGAUAAACACGCUAGGACCCAGAAUGCAUUAUGAUCAACAUCAUUCAAACUGUGACUUGAAGAAGACCUAUUCCAGAAUGAGGAAAACAUACAAAACAUAUGUCAACCGUUUAGAAUGUGAACAGAAAUGGAGGUGA